UGUUGCUUUUCACCUGACAUAGUGGAGUAUUUGCGCAGGGGUGGUUGUAUUUAUGGGUAUUUCUGUUUUAAGUUUGUUCAGGCCUGACGUCCAUCUUAUCGUGCCCUUUGUUUCCUGUUUUCACAUCGCGCCUCCCGAGUAAACUAACACGAGUUCAUGUAAAAGUAGUGUCGUUUGUUUCAACUAUGUAGCGAUUCUCCACUGAGGAACUAAACGACGAAUAAGAGGUGUUAGAAAGAAAUGUGUUACUAAGUCCGUCGCCAUGGAGGGCGAGGUUGCUUCCAUGGAGACCAGUAAUGAACUGGCUCCUGAUGGAAAGAGCCUGACAGAGAGCGGAGACGCUCUGAUGCAGGGGGCCGUCCUGGCUGCACAGGGGGACGUGACUGACAACAUGGAGAUGCUGGUGAUGGACGCUCUUGAUCCCGCUCUGCUACAAAUGAAGACGGAAGUGUUGGAGAGUGGAGGCACGGUGACUGUUACUGGUGGAGAUGAGGGUCAGAUCAUCACACUUCAGGUGGUGAACAUGGAGGAGCAGGCAGGAGGUGCACUAAGUCUCGGUCAGCUGCAGCUGGUACAGGUUCCCGUCACAGCAACUAAUGUAGGGGGGCUCCAGGCCACCUUUGUUGACGCAUCAAAUGUAAACAAGGAUUCAGAUCCGGUUAUCUGUCACACUCUUCCCUUGCCCGAGGGCUUCCAGGUGGUUAAAGUGGGAGCCAAUGGUGAGGUAGAGACUGUAGAGCAGGAGGAGCUUCAAGCAGCCCAUGAUGAGCUUCAAUGUGUGAGGGAAGAGGAAGAGCCUGCAGAAAUGGAAACCAAUGUGUCUCAACAAGAAGACCCAGAAUGGACCAAGGACCCAGACUACCAGCCCAUCUCCGGCCUCCGUGGUAAAGGGAAGAAGGGAAAGAAGAGCCGCCUGCGCUACGGAGAGGGCGAUCGGGACAUGGAUGUUUCUGUGUACGACUUUGAAGAAGAGCAGCAGGAGGGGAUGCUGUCUGAAGUGAAUGCAGAGAAAGUUGUGGGCAACAUGAAGCCACCAAAGCCCACCAAGAUCAAGAAGAAAGGUGUAAAGAAGACUUUCCAGUGCGAGUUGUGUAGCUACACCUGUCCAAGGCGCUCCAACUUGGACAGACACAUGAAGAGCCAUACAGACGAGAGGCCACAUAAAUGUCACUUGUGUGGGCGGGCCUUCCGAACGGUCACUCUGCUGAGAAACCACCUCAAUACACACACAGGCACUCGUCCACAUAAAUGCCAAGACUGCGACAUGGCAUUUGUGACCAGCGGAGAGUUGGUGCGUCAUCGGCGCUACAAACACACACAUGAGAAGCCCUUCAAGUGCUCCAUGUGUGACUACUGCAGUGUGGAGGUGAGCAAGUUGAAAAGGCACAUCCGCUCUCAUACAGGAGAGCGACCCUUCCAGUGCAGUCUGUGCAGCUAUGCCAGCAGAGACACCUAUAAGCUGAAAAGACAUAUGAGGACACAUUCAGGUGAAAAGCCAUACGAGUGCUACAUCUGCCAUGCCCGUUUCACUCAGAGUGGAACCAUGAAGAUGCACAUUCUGCAGAAACACACGGAGAACGUGGCAAAGUUCCACUGCCCACACUGUGAUACGGUUAUUGCUCGCAAAAGCGAUCUUGGUGUUCAUUUGAGGAAGCAACACUCAUUUAUUGAGAAGGGAAAGAAGUGCCGUUACUGUGAUGCUGUGUUUCAUGAGCGAUACGCUCUCAUCCAGCACCAGAAAACCCACAAGAAUGAGAAACGCUUCAAGUGUGAACAGUGUGACUACUGCUGCAGACAGGAACGCCACAUGGUGAUGCACAAGCGCACACACACAGGGGAGAAGCCCUUUGCCUGCAGCCAGUGUGAGAAAACCUUCAGGCAAAAGCAGCUUCUGGAUAUGCACUUCAAGCGCUACCACGACCCCAACUUUAUCCCCACUGCCUUCAUCUGCUCCAAGUGUAACAAGACGUUCACUCGCAGGAACACCAUGCUGCGUCACACUGAAAACUGCAACGGCGAAGUUGAUGAAGAUGAGGAUGAAAAUGGAACUCCUACGCCCAAAAAGGCACGCCGGGGCAGGAAGAGGAAGAUGCAGAGCAGGAGGGACGAGGAAGACACGGAGGAUGAACUGGAAGAUAUCGAGGAGGAAGAGGAGCUAAGUGAGCUUGAGGUGGAACAGGCCCCCCCUGUUGUCCCGAUCCCAGCCCCUAUCGAGCCCCCAGUCAAGAGGAAACGUGGACGGCCCCCAAAGAACAAACCAACCACAGCCGCUAUCAUCCGUGUAGAGGACGAGGCCACUGGAGAGGUGGAUGACAUCAUCGUGAAGAAGGAGGUGGGAGCCGAUCAAGUGGACCAGGAUGACGAGACCGUGGAGCAGGUGGUGGUCGGGGGAGAAAAGACCACCAUCCAGCUGGAGGAGUUGUCCCAGGAGGAGGAGGGGGCAAUAGAGGCCGAGGCCCCGCCCAACGGAGACCUGACCCCUGAGAUGAUCCUCAGCAUGAUGGACCGGUGAUGGACAACACCUGUAGACACACAGAGCCCUGAUCACAUGUUCAUUUUUAAAUUCUUGGCAUUUAGGAUAACAAACUCUUGCAUCCUGCACAGAAACAAACAUCACUGUUGUAAUUUAAGAUUUGCUUUUUAAUCAUGUAUUGAUAAAGAGUUUGAGUGAAAACAAUAUUUUUAAUAAGAUUUACCUACCAAAAAAGUACGUUUGGGGUGGCUGUAAUUCACAGCAGUAUCUUUAGCCCUGUAGUUAAGUGGUAGAAAAUGGCCUGGCAUAUGUACAUUUCUAUAAUCCACUAAAUGUUUUAACAUGGUAGAGCGACUCUUUCCUUAUCCAAACUGUGUAUUUUACAAAAGAUGUGUAAACAUUUUCAUUUUCAUUUGUUUCUUUAGUUUUACAUUUGUCACUUAAAAAAAAAAAGUUCACCCAUAAUAUGGACAUUGCUUUACCUUACCUUUAGCCUUCAAGAAUCCUCACUGAAGAGCUCCAUUUACCUCUCAGUUUGGACUAAAACCUACUUCUCAGUGAAAUGUGGCUUUUUAUAGCAGCAGAAGAUGGCAAAGCAAAUAACAUUUAGGACAAAGCUUUAACAAAGUCACUGAAAAACUGUCAAAAAAACCUCUAAAGCUUGCAGACAGAGGCACCUUUCAGGAAGAUGAAACUGCUGUUAAUCACAGCCACUCCAAGAUAAGAAAAGUUACAUAUUUUUCUCUUUCUGUGGUUAGUAAUUCCCAUGUUUUUUUGCCAAUUUCUAGUUUUUAAAAGCUUAAUAGACUGCUUAUCUUAUGCUCCUUUCUUGCUACUGUAACACCCCUAGAUGACCUGUAUGAACUAAGCAUUGUCACUGAUGAGUUUGAAGAAAGAAAGUUGUCUUGCUCCCUUUUGUAGCCAUUCCACUUUGGGUUGUUUUCUUUUUGUACUAUUGGCGAUGCAAUGCGAUGUAGCAGCUUGAAUGACAUUUUAAUAACGGUGUGGCAGAGGAGAACAGAUGUGACUGUACAUCCAAUACAAGUAGAGACUGAUGUAGGUUUCUGCAGCAGUAAUGAUCUCAAUCAUGGAUAUUUAAAAUCAUUCUUGUUUUGGACAAGUUGUAAUGUGUGUUAGUAAGCCUCAAGAAAUCAUGUCUAGAAACAUUGUUUAUCAAAAUUUGCUGAUUUGUAACAACUGAGUGCUAACACAAAUGUCAUUGUAUUUUGCUUGCAAAUCUAUUUUAUUAAAUGGACAACUUGAUAUCA